AAUGGAUCCAGCAGCGCAUAGCUGUGCCUCAGCAGCAAGGUCAUGGCCACUAUGCCACUAUAAAGUUUUUUUUCACGGAACCAAAUUCUUUCAAUAUCAAUUUUUUGUUAAAAACUGAUAGAAGAGUGCUUUCAAAGACAUUCUGCGUGCUUAAAAAUUGAGUCUGUGAAGUGCUUCUCUACACUUCGAAUGUGCAGUUCAACUGAAAGGAAAGGUGAUAUUUCAUCUACAGAGGAAAUUGAAAAUUAACAAUUAGAUAAAGAGGCAUUGCUAUGGGAAUUGAAGACAUUUUUACCGGUAUCGUUAGUUCUGCGACUGGAGGAUUGCCAUGGUUCUUUCCUACAUUAGCAGCUGCCAUCGUCUACUUUCAAUAUGAAAUCAUGGAUCCGGAAUCACGACCAAUCGACGUUCCUUCCGAAUUAUUAUUGCCUUCGUACGAUUUUAUCGUUGUGGGGGCUGGCUCAGCAGGUGCUGUGGUGGCAAGUCGCCUUUCCGAAGUGGAAAAGUGGAACGUCUUGCUUUUGGAAGCCGGUGGAGAUGAAACGGAAAUUUCUGAUGUGCCUCUUCUCGCAGGAUAUUUACAACUCAGUCAACUCGACUGGAUGUAUAAAACUGAACCCCAAGGAGAUGCUUGUUUAGCAAUGGAAAAAGGUCGUUGCAAUUGGCCUCGAGGAAAGGUGAUAGGAGGCAGCAGUGUUCUAAACUAUAUGCUUUAUUUACGAGGAAACAAGAAAGAUUAUGACCUCUGGGAAGAACAAGGCAACCCAGGUUGGGGUUCAAAGGAAGCACUUUACUACUUCAAAAAAUCAGAAGAUAAUCAAAAUCCAUAUUUAGCUAAAACUCCAUACCACUCAUCAGGAGGUUACUUAACAAUUCAAGAAGCACCAUGGCACACUCCUCUUGCAGCAGCUUUCAUCGAGGCUGGCCGAGACAUGGGCUACGACAAUCGAGACAUCAAUGGUGAACAUCAAUCUGGUUUCAUGAUAGCUCAAGGAACGAUCAGAAGAGGAAGUCGUUGUUCAACAGCUAAAGCCUUCCUCAGACCUGCUAGGCUUCGCAAGAACUUCCACCUUGCCAUGAACUCCCAAGUCACAAAGGUCUUGAUAGACCCUGUUAGUAAACGAGCCUAUGGUGUAGAAUUUUUCAGGGAAGGAAAACUUUACAGAAUUCGUGCCAAAAAGGAAGUAAUCCUAUCAGGAGGUGCUAUUAACUCUCCCCAACUGCUGAUGCUCUCUGGAAUUGGACCUCAAGAAGAUCUUGUAAAACAUGGAAUUCCAGUGAUACAAAAUCUUCGAGUUGGCCAUAAUCUUCAAGAUCAUAUUGGACUAGGUGGUCUAACUUUUAUGGUUAACCAAGAAGUUUCGAUGGUAGAGAAUAGACUUCACAAUGUUCAAGCCGUUUUACAAUAUGCCAUUUUUGGAACCGGACCUCUGACUGUUUUAGGAGGUGUAGAAGGCCUGGGUUUUGUCAACACCAAGUAUGCAAAUGUCUCUAAUGAUUUUCCAGAUAUAGAACUCCACUUCAUAUCUGGUUCAACUAAUUCAGAUGGAGGAAGACAGAUUAGGAAGGUCCAUGGACUAACAAGGCAGUUUUAUGAUGCUGUUUUUGGAAAGAUUAGCAAUAAGGAUUCUUGGAGUGUCAUACCGAUGCUCCUGAGACCAAAGAGUAAAGGAGUAAUCAAAUUGAGGAGCAAGAAUCCCUAUGAUCAUCCGAUGAUUUAUCCAAACUAUUUUAAAGAACCGGAAGACAUGGCGGUGUUAGUGGAAGGUGUGAAAAUUGUAGUCGCACUUAGUAGGACUGCUUCUUUUAAGAAAUUUGGAAGUGAACUGAAUCCUGCACCAUUUCCUGGAUGUAAACACAUCCCUUUGUAUACUGAUCCUUACUGGGAAUGUAUGAUCAGGUACUAUUCAGCAACAAUUUAUCAUCCAGUGGGAACAUGUAAAAUGGGACCUUAUUGGGACCCUGAAGCUGUGGUUGAUCCACAACUUAAGGUUUAUGGCGUGACUGGCUUGCGAGUUAUUGAUGCCUCUAUCAUGCCGAACCAGAUCAGUGGUAAUACGAAUGCUCCUACAAUUAUGGUAGGUGAAAAGGGGGCAGAUAUGGUCAAACAAUUCUGGUUACAGAAGAGGACUAACAGGGCUGGGAUUUGGAGAGAUAGGUAUUGAAUCAGUCACCAAGCUAUUUUAGAUUUGAUGGUAUUUAUUUAUCUUUGCCUUGAGAUUAUUAUCAAAAGAACCUGAGUCAGAUUCAUUAAUUUGAUUUCACAACUUGAUUUAUCUAAUCGAUUUUCAAAGUUCAAUGGACUGAUAAGUUAUGUUACGUUUUUCUUAGAAACGUAUCGUGUCUUCGUAGAUAAUUUUUUUUUAACUUUUCUGCAUCGUGUUUUUGAAACUAAACAAUUACAAAGAGGGAAAUCAUCGUCUAGUGACUGGUUCGAGUAGUUUGUAAAGACAAUCAUAACAACAGCAUUAGGCCAUUUUUAGACUAUUAACACCAGAUUACGAAAGUUUCAAGAAGAAAAUCAUGAGGGUCAUUUAAGUAUUAUGUAAAACAUUUGUUCACACAAGGGCGGGGGCAGGGGAGAAAAAAUUCGCGGAAAAUUACUUUACGUAAUACUUGAAUGGUACCAUGGUGGAAAUUUCCAGGCUGAGCCUUUUCAGAGCUCACGUAUAAUUUCAUGCCAUUUUUUGUGAUAAAAUUAUCCUUAACGAACCGAACCAUUAAUUCUCCAUUCUGAAGAGAAGGGUUCAGUCUGCAAAUAAAAUUUGUGCUCUCAAUUUUUUCAAAUUAUUAACAUGUUAUGUUAGCUUUCAUGAAUGUUUGAUAUCAAUCUGAUUUUAUAUUUAUUUUAGUGUAUACCUACAUGUGGGUGCACUCUAAGACGUCGAAUCUCUUGGCGACAAAAUAAGUUGUGCUUUUUAGCGAAAAUUAGGCAAAACAUACCAUAUCCAUCUGCUAUUCUUUUAUGAUGGUUUGCAUGGUUCGGGUAGAAAAUUUAAAAAAUCUAAUUUUCAGAAAAGAAAUUCUCGUGGACACAAAAAUGGUUUCGUCUGCCUAAAACUUACAAAAUAUCUUCUUAAAAAAAACGCGUUUUCCUUAAAAUCUACUUUUCAGGUUUUUAAAGUAAAGUCAAUUUAAUAGAAACCCCCAUUUUUUUAUUUCGUCCAACAUUUUAAAAUAAUGUGUACGUAUAAAGAAGUGAUGGUAUAAGUUUUAUGCGGGGAAACCCAUUUUUUGUGGCCACGUGAGCUUUUUUAAAAAAAUUGAAUUUCUGAAUAUUUCUUGAGAAAGAUAUAAGAUAUUAUGAAAGAAUACGUCUGUUUUUUAGAAGUUCUUAAAAUGAGCAUAAUUUUUUAUUAAAAUUCUGUCGUAUCUAUCGUCCGAGAGAAAAUGUCUUCGAUAUAGAAGUAAAAAUUAAACAAUAAAAAUAAAUAAUAAUAAAGGCGCGAGGUCCUUAGAUAUCUAUGAACAUCAAAAUUAGUUUGUAAUGUAUGGAAGAAAAAUGAGUGAAAACACGUAGUUUUUAAGAAAAUGUAGAGAUAUUAUCGAAUUUUUGGAUAUCUUGUUUCAAGGUAACGUUUGAUGAAGUGAAAAAUAUUUGUAUUACUCUACGAAACAUUAAACUUCAGAUAUAUUAAAGUUUCCCACUCUUAUGUUAGUGUAAUUGUCAUCAAUUUCUGUAAUCCUUCGAAUUCCUAAUCUUCCUUAAGAAAAAUUAAUGUAACUUUUUUAUUGUAAAUAUGCAUGAAUGUGAGAUAAAGCCUACAUUAGGUUUCUUGUGCAAAUUGUAUAUAAUUAAACACUGAAAUGUAUGUAAAUAGCGAAAAUGUUAUUCAAUGAAAUAUUUUAAGUAUGUA